AUCGCGAGCAUCAUUCUGUCUUUGUUUAACAUGCAGAAAAACAAAGAUAGAAUGAUGCUUGCUAUCGUUACGAGCGUUAAGUAGAACCUGGUUAUAGUGUGACUCAACAACAAGUCAGCCUUAAACAGACAUUAAGGUUAUACUUAUAAUUCAAAAAUGUCCGAUAUACCCGCUACAUCCCAAGUCAGACGCUGUUAAUAUUCGAAGAGGGAAAUGGAAAAUUUCUAAACAGUACUUGAUCAUAUGUUUCACUUACUGAAUAGCUAUAAAAAAUCUUACCCAGUGUUAAUACUUUACCAUGGCAAACAAACUUGAGUCCACGUUUGGCAGCUUUGAAACGGAUGAACGUUAUAAUAAACUGGAACGCUAUUUAAAGCUAGCCAUGCUAAAAGCAAAAUCCAGUAAUAACGCACAUAACAGAGUGGAGCAAUCUAUAGGAACAUGGCCUAGUAUCUCUAGCAUUAAUACUGGUAUUGUAAAUACCAGUUGUGCAACUCCAUCCCAAUUUGCAAACAUUGAGAGCGAGGUUUUAGCCUCUAGUAAUAAUUUAAAAAGCAUAUUUCCAAAAAGGGAAGCUUACAAUAUCAACAAGAAAAAAAUGAUAAUUACCUCUAGUGUUAAGCAGAGUAAUACUAAGGACAACCAUAUUGAUCAGUAUAUUAUGCCACCUCCAACAGUGAACAGAGUUCAUCGUGCUUUGAGGAGUACUUUACAGAAUAGAGUUCAUACGUCAUCGGAAUAUGGAAAAUCUGUGUCGACACCACUUAACAGUUCAAUUCAGUCUUUCCCAAGUGAUUUUUCUGGUAAAAAUUCCAAUAUUACAAGAUAUACAACUGUUAAUACAUAUGGUGACAAAGAAUACCUGCACUCGUACAUCACACCAUCUCAUAACGACAUAUCAAAGCUUGGGAGAAUAUUUUCAAAGUGGAAAGUUAUAUUAAAUGACCAGUGUCAGUUGAUAAUCAAAGGAACGUUGGAAUGUGGAAAAGUUGCUCGCAGCAAACCCGUUGUAAGAAGAUAUUCUACUACAUGCGUUGAAUCAAUUUUCAAACACAAAUAUUAUCUUCGGGGAAAUAUCACUGAUGAGAGAAAUGAAUUGCCUGACUACAUUCAUGGGAAAUUCUACAACGGCUUUCCCGACGACUGGCAGAACGUUCAUCAGAUAUGGAGUACAUUCGUCAGUCAAGGAUGCCCAGUGACGUUCCGUUGGCCCACAUUCAUCACCGAUAGCGAUGACGACUUAAAAAGCGAAAUGACAGAUCUGACAUACACAUGCGAGAUAACAAACAGGCAUAACACCCUAAUGACAUCUUAUGAAACGACUGAAAACGCCAGACAAGUAAUGGUACAGCCUGAAAGUUUGAGUAAUAGAUUGCCGAGAAAAAUGGAGAAGUGUCAGAAUUGCACGCGCAGUACGCAAAAUUUGGAAGAGGAGCCCACGUUCGUGAAGUCUUGCGUUUCCGGUUUCGAGAAGGAUACAGGCCUCGGCACGCAAGCGAACGACGCUAGUAACGAGAAAAGCAGACAAAAUGCUAAAACAACCGUAGGUCAAUCAUUCAGUCCUAGAAAGAUAAACAGAUUGAAAGACUUCCUUCAGGAGGACAAGCUGAACAUCAUUAUUAACAACCUGGCGGACAGGAAUUGUUCCCCGAAAUAUAUCGACAAGAUCAUCGAGAUGUUCGACUGCUUGGACUACAUAAUCUCUUACAAAUCAGCAACAGAAUGUAACUCCGUCGCCGAGAGUAGCAACACGUCCAUGUCGGAAGUGAUUCCGCUGCAACAGAUAUCCGUGUGCAACGAGAAUAAUCAUACGAAUAAAAGUAAGCUGGAAGAGUGGACGGGACCGAAGAGCCACGCGUACUCCGCCGAUCUGGGAUACGGGAGCAUAAGGAACGAAUUUAGCCAGGUGGGGACGAACGCGAGAAAUGACGUGAUGCCGGAACACAAGGACGAUUCCGAGAGCGAGACUUACGCGGGCGUGCCGAAGAUCUCGAUCGAGCGGGUUCUCCAAUCCAGAGAAGCAUUGAGAAGGUUGCCGAAGCGUAAGGUGAGGAAGAGGCUGAUUCAACCGGACCAGCAGGCGAUGAAUAGGCACCAUAAUGCGAUCGCCGAGUUCACCGUUCGCCCUGCGACUUCGAUGGUCAACGAAUCCUGCGUUAGUAUCACGGAGGAGGAAGCGGAAGCGCAGGCGAGCCCGAAAAUGCGUCACAAAGCGGCGAACGACGUUUUAUCGCAGGACGCUGCUUUCUACAGGCGAAAGGACUCGGUUCACGAGGGUAUGCAACAUAACCCGCACAAACAAUUGCUCAGUUUUUUUAAUUUACAAAAAAUGGAGCCGAGCUCGCAUGGAACGCGAUGUGCGGACGUCGAUUACACCGAUUAUUCCGACGCUUGGGAAAACGUCGCGACGAACGCGCAGAAGGAAUCCGCCGAAGCGGGAUGUCAAGUUGAUUUGCGCAAGGACGUGGUGGUUAAUAACGAAAGUAGCAGCAGUUUCUCCGAGACGCGCAAGGAGCUCGCCGAGCCGCCCAAAGACGAGACUGCUGUCAGAUCCAAGCCUACGAUAAUCUCCUCGAUACCGGUACAUCUGAACUUGAAAUUAACCAAAGCGGAUGUGCACAGAUCCGCGGAGCCGCACGAUUCGGAUGUAGGUGUCAACGAGGACAAACGACGAGCCAGUAUCCGGCCGAAAAAGAGGACUCGUGAGAAGCCGGCACCGGAAACGUCGGUCGCUGUGUCGAAGCCUGCGCCCGUCGCGAACGAAUCGCUCCCCAAGACCACGACUGACAGUAAGAACCGUGCAACAUCGAGCUCCGCGAGCAAUAUGAAACAUGAGUCGGAUAGUACGACGAAACCGACGACGAGUGCAGCCGGACAGUCCAGAAAGAAAACCCACGGUGUGGAUACGAAAAUGCUGACGGCAUGGAUGCCGAAAGUAGUGCACGAUUUCACGUCCAAGAAUGCAUUGGGUUUGACUUUUCAAGGGAAACUACUCAAUGAAGCUGGUCACUUUAUAAGUAGAAACUUCAGAACGGAUAUUGUGCUCAGGCGUUUGUCGCCGACAUUGAUCGAGACGGUGAACCACGAAUUCUACCAACUUCUUGGCCCCCUGAACGACAAUAAGCAUGUUUUACACAAGGAACUCGUGAAACAAUGUCGUCACGGAUGCCCCGCGAAGAUCGAGCAAUUUUGCAUGUCGUGGAAAUCGUUGCAGUUCAGCAUACUGGACAAAGUCGGAAAAAAUUUUCACGAUACCUCGACGGAUUUACUUAGCGUACCCGUGAGCUCGAGAGGUCGUAAAAUCUUACCGCCAUUAUGCUAUUGGACAGGCGAACGAGUAACUUUGAAAGACAACACUCCAGUUUAUAAUUCAGGAAGUUUACAAGAAUUAUCGUUAAUGUCGAAUGAGAAUCAAAAAAAGAACAUUAAAAAAGGAUCGGGAGCAAAAGAAGAGGUGAAUCUUGAGGGCACAUCAAUGAAGACCGGUGCGACCAAGCGGAAAUCACUUCCCGAAACAAAUGAGGUUUCCAGUACGAGCAAGAGUCUGACGGUUGUUCUCGACAAGAUUUCCCUCACCGAAUCACCUAAGGCUCAAGCUGCGAAUAACAUGAAGAGAUCUCGGAAAUCCGCAGUCAAUGAGGAACUAAGAAUAGUAAAACAGUUGACGUUCUCAUCGACCGAUUCCAACUGUGAAGAAGAGCAACAAGUGUCUCCGCGUAAGCGCUCUCGUAACUUUCGAUCAAAGGCGAAUGGAGACGCAAAAAUACAGUCAAGAUACUCCAUGACACUGAGGAAGCGGCAAAAAACUGAGGUAUCCUCGAACAGAGCCUCGCCUGACGACGCUAGCAAAACCAAAAACGACGCAGCAUGCCGUUCACCAGGAAAGAAACCAAACUUCGGACACAACGUGGUGUGCACUUAUUUUCGAAACGUUCCGCAAGAGGACUUAUUAUCAGAGGACCUGACUUCUAUAUAAUGCGAUUAUACAAUACUAAAUAACAUGAUAAUAUCUGAAUAUUUUUCUAUAUAUCUUUCUGUUAAUUGUAAUGCCUUCUGUUAAUUGCCUUAACUAUAUAUAUAUACUAUUUUUUCUAUUUAUUUCUUGUGAAAUGUAUGAGUGUUGCCAAAGUGCCAUUACCUUGUAAUAAAUCUAAUAUCGAAUAAAAAUAAAAAGUUACGAGACAUAAGGAAUACAAAAAAGUAGCAGAAUAAUUGAAGCGCAAGCAAUAUUAUAUUUUCGGGCUUAAUAUUACCAUUUAACAAAAUUGUAUGAAAUAGAUAAGAAAUACCAUCCGCUCUCUACGAGUCAAGGAUACGUAAAAAAUGUGUAUCAGUGCAUACUGAACAGGAAAGAAGAAUGAUUAUUUCCCUAAAAUGAAAUUUAAUUUGAAACUUAAUAAUAAUGAAAAAGAAAAUCAUGCAUUGGUAUUUUAUAUCAUUUCUGUUUAUGACUUACUUGUCUAAUCUAGGGAUUUCUAUGUUUAUAACUUACUAUAAUUUCUUUUUAUAACUUGUCUAAUCGAAAGAUGCCGUUUCUUUUAUAGAGAUUAUUAUUGUUACUCAGCAAACUAGAAAAUAUAUAAAGUUAUAAAGAUUUUAUUUAAUGAAAGUAAUCAAAUUUACAAUUUCUUCCCAUUUCCCUAUAUAUCCUUCGUACUGAUUAAUUAACUAUUAAAUUUAAAAUAAUUAUGAAAUAAUAUUACCUUUUUUUUAAUAUU